AUAUUCUCCUUGGCGCCUCUCUUCUGCCCAAUCAGCAGGCGCCUUAGGCUCCUCUUUGUUUCAGGUUCCGCCCCCUGGUUACCGGAAGUGUGAUGUGGCUCGUGGCGGCGCGUAACUAUGUCUGCAAUCUUCAAUUUUCAGAGUCUUCUGACAGUAAUCUUGCUGCUUAUAUGUACAUGUGCAUACUUAAGGUCUUUGGCUCCCAGAUUACUGGAUAACAAUAAAACAGGAUUAUUGGGCAUAUUCUGGAAGUGUGCCAGGAUUGGUGAACGGAAGAGCCCUUAUGUAGCAGUAUGCUGUAUCGCAAUGGCCUUCAGUAUUCUCUUUGUACAAUAAAAAUGGGAAAAUGUUAAGAAUAUACUGCUGUCAAUUUGCAGUCAAAUAAAAGAAGAAACAGAAGACAAAAAUACGUUCUACACCUCAAUUUGUAAUGUCUGUUUGGACAAGAAAGGCUUUUGACUCUGUGUCUCAGUAUUUUUGGUUAAAAAGCAGUGAUGUUGAAAGAAAUACAGUUAUUAAUCCUUUCAGCUGGGUAACAUUUGUUUAUGUUAAUUAUUCUAAAUUUCAGUAAAGGCUUCUUACAACAAUGGUGAGACAGUCUGCCAGAGUUGAUUUGAUGUUAAACCCAACACCCUUUUAAAUGCUUUUUUAUUUAAAAGUCUUUAAUUUUACUUUUUUCAUAUCGAAAUAGGAAUAAGAGAAAUAAAAUCUUAAUGUGUAGAUAAAGAGAAAGUAAAAUUAUAUCAUAACAGAAAACAGAUAUGUUAAACUAUGAGGGAGAGUUAAAGUUGGGAAGACUAUUUGAAACAGAAGAUUUCAAUUAAGUUCAGUUUCACUGGAGCUUUUCUAAUUGUUCUAUUUAUAGGUUUUACAAAUUAUAAAAUAUCUGCAAUAGAAAAUAAUUUUACCAAGACUGAAUUCUGUUACGACUUUAUUAAGCAAAUGCUCCUCUAUAAUAUAGUCAACACUUAAUAUUUAUAGUACACCUUGCAUCUGAUUUUCAGUAAACAAUUUAUAUAAAGUUGCUUAUUGCUGCAAACUAUUAAAUUCUGGAACUUAAAUCUCAUGUAUGUACUUCUCUCACCUACUGGAAAAUGAAAUACAAUCUAGAUUUUUUUUUCAGAAACAUCCGAAUACUGCCUUUUAAUUAUUUCACCGGUAUUCACCAGGGUUUUCAUUAUAGGGCUACAAAAAUUGAAAGAACAAUUAAUAUUGGUUUAGUGUUAACUGAAAUUAAUUAUCUAAUCUGGUUUCCAUUUGUCUGUUGCCUACUUGUGUAUCACUGUAUCAGUGUAACUGCAUAAAUACUCCUUUGGCUUCUAACUUACUUCACAAAUCAUAAGAAAUCUUUUAUGAUCCUUAAAUAUAUUUUUGUAUAAAUUACAUUCUA